AUGGACAUGGAGAAGAAGACCUCGAUCCGCGACCGGCUGAGCCAGGUCACCUGGGGCUGGUACUCGAUAUGCAUGGCCACAGGGGGCAUCGCCGUGCUGCUAUACAACACCCCGCAUCAGUUCAGGGGUCUCGAAGCAAUCGGGAAAAUCAUCUACAUCUUCAACCUAGUCCUCUUCGUAACAAUCUCCCUCUGCCUCAUCGUCCGCUUCACAUCUCGCCGCCCAGCACUGCGCGAAUCCCUCCAGCAUCCAAACGAAACGCACUUUCUUGGAACCGCGCCCCUCGCCCUCGCAACAAUCAUCCUCGGCGCAAACAGCUACGGCACAUCCUCCUGCGGACCCUGGCUCACCACCGCGCUCCGCGUCGUCUUCUGGAUCUACGUCGCCGUCGCCAUCCUCCAAGCCAUCCUCCACAACUGGUACCUCUACCACCGCCGCAUGGCCGCCUCCCAGCCCUUUGCAAUCCCGCGCCUCCUCCCUUCAUUUCCCGCCAUGCUCUCCGGGACAAUCGCCUCGGUGCUCGCAGCGAACCAGCCGGCGCACCAUGCGGUCCCGAUUCUCGUCGCGGGGGUCACGCUGCAGGGCUUCGGGUUCCUCAUGUCGCUGUUCGUGUACGCCGAGUACUUCUACCGGAUGAACAAGGACGGACUCCCCGAGGCGCGGGAACGGCCGGAACUGUUUAUAGCGGUUGGGCCGUGGAGCUUCACGGCGCUUGCGGUGAUAGGCAUGGCGAACGGCGCUGUGCAGAAGGUUCCUGUGGACUGGUUGAUUUCCUCUGGAGCUUCUUCGUCGCAAUCCCUCGAAUCCGUAUCGCCAACAACCGCACAAGUCGCUCUCAUCCUCGCCUCGCUGUUCGCAAUCUUCCUCUGGUUCCUCGCCUUCCACAGCCUGUGCGUCGGCAUCCUCAGCAUGCUCGCGCUGUGUCGGGUUUUCGGCGGCGAGGGCGUCCCAGCUAUGAGUCUGCCGUGGUGGAGCAUGGUGUUUCCGAAUACGGGGUUUGUGAUUGCGACGAUUCGGAUCGGGAGUGUGCUGCAGUCUGCGGCGAUCCUGUGGGUUGCGUCGGUGAUGACGGUGGUGCAGGUCGCGGUUUGGUUGGUGGUUCUGGGGGCGUCGGCGUGGGUGAUCCUUCGAGGGGGGAUGUUGUGA